CAAAUCUCGCGAGAAGAGACUUCAUAGACUUUACGUGGCGUCUCUGCAGGUUUGCAGACUCUGUUUGGAAACAGAUCAUUUUUGGUAUUCUUUAAUGAAUCUUUUUACAUUUGACUUUGCCUGAGAGGAUGUUAAUUCUCCAGUCUGCCGCGGGGUGGAAGCCCGCGCGCCGCUGAGAACCCCUCCUCCGCUGACCAGCGCAGGGCAGGCAGUCGGACUGUCAUGGCGGACAGCGGCUGUGAUUUCCCCGGCUCGCUCACCAACGCGGCUCUUCCUCCGCCGAGGACUCGCAUCUUCAAAAUCAUUGUGAUCGGGGACUCCGGGGUGGGGAAGACCUGCCUGACCUACCGCUUCAGCGCCGGGAAAUUCCCCGACAGAACCGAGGCCACGAUCGGGGUGGACUUCAGGGAGAGGCUGGUGGAGAUAGACGGCGAGAAGAUCAAGAUCCAGCUGUGGGACACUGCAGGCCAGGAGCGCUUCAGGAAGUCCAUGGUCCAGCACUAUUACCGCAACGUGCACGCCGUCGUCUUCGUCUACGACAUGACCAACGCCGCCAGCUUCCGCAGCCUCCCCGCCUGGAUCGAGGAGUGCAAGCAGCACUCUCUGGGCACAGAGGUCCCCAGGAUCCUGGUGGGGAACAAGUGCGACCUGCAGGACUCGGUGCAGGUGGGCACGGACGUGGCGCAGCAGUUCGCGGACUCUCACUCCAUGCCGCUUUUCGAGACGUCGGCCAAGGACCCCAACAGUCAGGGGGACGGGAACCACCGGAACAGUGACCACGUGGAGGCCAUUUUUAUGACCGUGGCCCACAAGCUGAAGUCUCAGAAGCCGCUGGUCCUCAGUCAGCCUCCGGAGGGCUCGGGGGGCACGGUUAGCCUGAGCGGGGCGAGGGAUGGCGGCGGCGAGGCGUCCCGGAGCUGGGGCUGCGGUGGCUGCUGAGCUCCAGAGGACGUCCGAACACAUUUCAGUGCUUGUGCUUGAGUUUUGAAUGAUUAAAAAAGGAUCGUCAGUCUGAACGGCUCUUCACUUCCUGAAGACGAACGUGAAAUUCAUCUGAUGGCACCAAAUAUCACCGAUGUUGUAAAUCUGCUUUUAUUUUGUAGAUACUGUGCAGCCCCUUAUUCUUUUCAAAUGUUGGGAUUUAUAAAUUACAGUGCAUUAAGUGAACCC